GAUUCCACAAGACUUUCUUCGCCUGAUGCCCCAGCGCCACCGCAAGAGCCGCCCGCAAAGGAUACGGAACUCAAGUUCACCGAGGUCAUGAAUGGUCUCGGCUCGGUGUAUCCCAAGGCGAUGAUGGAGGACAUCUCGACAAGUUUCUGCUUUAUCAGUCUGCUGCAUCUCGCCAACGAGAAGGGUCUCGUCAUCGAGAAGACACCCGAGCUCACGGAGCUGAACAUCCGCAAGGAUUGGACGGCCGAGAUCGUGGGAGGGGAGUAAGA